AUAGUAAUCUUUCUCUGUACCAAACAGAGGCUAGUUGCGAAACGCGAAAGAACAAGAUUCGACAAAAAAGCAAAACCCUAGAGCUCAAGCUAAUCGCCGUCGAUUUCUCAAUCUCUCACCGGCGAUUUUAAGCCGGUGAAAGUUGUACAAUAGCUGUAAGAGAGAGAUUCAUUAGGUAUUUUAGAAUCAUGUAUAGAGACAGAGGAACGGUGAAUUCGAGACCUGAAGUUGUGGAUCGUAAACGGAUCAACGACGCUCUCGAACGACCUUCUCCGUCAACGUCUCGUCAAGUUAAUGGUAAAGGCAAAGGAACGGCGGCGACGGCGAACUCCGUUUUGAUUGGGAAGCAGCAGUCUCAUGACCAUAGAGAUUCUCGUUCUGCUUCUCUCUCGAAGAACAAUAAUGUUUCUGAUGAUGAAUCAGACACGGAUAGUGAAGAAUCAGAUGUUAGUGGUUCUGAUGGAGAGGACACUUCAUGGAUAUCUUGGUUUUGUAAUCUACGAGGAAACGAGUUCUUUUGUGAAGUUGAUGAUGAUUAUAUUCAAGAUGACUUUAACUUGUGUGGACUCAGCAGUCUUGUUCCGUACUACGAGUACGCUCUUGAUUUGAUUUUGGAUGUUGAAUCUUCUCAUGGAGAGAUGUUUACAGAGGAACAGAAUGAAUUGAUCGAGUCAGCAGCUGAGAUGCUUUAUGGAUUGAUUCACGCUCGUUACAUAUUGACUAGCAAAGGGUUGGCUGCAAUGUUAGACAAAUACAAAAACUAUGACUUUGGAAGAUGCCCAAGAGUUUAUUGCUGUGGCCAACCUUGUCUUCCGGUUGGUCAAUCGGACUUACCUCGAUCUAGCACUGUGAAGAUAUAUUGCCCGAAAUGCGAAGACAUUUAUUACCCACGAUCAAAGUAUCAAGGCAACAUUGAUGGAGCUUACUUUGGGACAACAUUUCCUCAUCUGUUCCUGAUGACUUAUGGGCAUCUCAAGCCAUCAAAGGCAACACAAAACUAUGUUCAAAGAGUUUUUGGGUUCAAAUUACAUAAGCCGUGAAGGAAGUUUAAAGACAACCCAAGAAUCAAGAUCAUGGCGUUGGAAUAGAACUGAGAAAAGAAGAGACGUGUGUGAACAGAAACGGGAAAUAAACGCGCUGUAAUCACACGAAUGGUGAAGAGAGCAUUCAUACACAUUAGAAGAAAGCAAAAGCAUGGUUAGGAAAAAAAAAAAAGCGAAAAUCUUUUGAUGAGUUUGUUAAAAACUUGAACAUGUAUUUUUCUACCUUUUUUAUAUUUUGUUGUCAGAUUUAGUCAUUUAUUAUUAAAAUUGCUCUUUUUUACCUCUACUA